AAUUCCCAACUCAAAGCAUUUUCUUCAGAGCUUGUGUGGGUUUUGCAAGAACAACAGAAAGAUGGGAGCUGGUGGAUCCAUUCCUCUCGUUCCGGAAUGCCAAACUAAGAGCCAGUGGAGAGCCCAGUUUGACGCCUUUAAGUUUUCUAACAAGCUGUUGGUGAUUGAUUUCACGGCAACAUGGUGUGGACCCUGUAAGCGUAUGGAACCUGUGGUCGAAGACUGUGCUGCCAAAUACAAUGAUGUUCAGUUCAUCAAGAUUGAUGUGGAUACGUUGGAUGAUGUGGCUCGCUCAUUCGGGGUUGAUACGAUGCCAGCUUAUGUUUUCCUGAAGAAAGGGAAAGAAAUUGACAGGGUUGUAGGAGCACAAAAGGAUGAGCUGGAGAGGAAGAUUGAGAAACACAGGGUUUAAGGAGAAAGUUCCUGAAGAUGGAUGCUUCUAUGACAAAUGGCCACAUCCAGAAAAUAAGAUUUACUUGUUUUGAAAUUUGUCAAAGUUUAUGUAAUCUGGGUGAGAAGCCUUUUUUUUCAGUAUUCGUAACGUCAAUUUUUGUUUCAUUCUUGUAAUCCUAAGUUUCAGAGCAUGCCAUCAAAGACCUCUGUAUUUUCUAGGUACAUAAUAAAAGUAAACUGCUAUUGUGAGUU